AUGGUGGCUGAUUUCUGCAACUUCAUGCAGCUACUGAAACUGCACGGCCAAGCGGACCCUACCAUCCUGUCAUGGAUCGAGAAGAAAUCGGACAAGUAUACUUCUCCGCCCAUCCAGAAUGAGAUUAUUCAGAUCAUGGCACUAGGGAUACUUACAAGGAAGGUCGCCCAUAGCGUGCUUGAAGAUGCGUUCUUCACGAUCAUGGUGGAUGAAACCACAGACGUAUCCAACCGAGAGCAGGUUGUGCUAGUACUGAGACAUGUGGACAGUGAGCUAAAUGUGCAGGAAAAUUUCAUCGGACUAUAUGUUGUGCCAUCCAUCGAUGCUCAGACCAUAACCAAUGUAAUUAAAGACACUCUACUACGCAUGAUACUGCAACUAUCCAAGUGCCGUGGGCAGUGCUACGACGGAGCCAGUAAUAUGUCAGGCACAAAGCGUGGGGUCGCCACAAACAUCACCGCAGAAGAACCAAGGGCCAUCUAUACACACUGCUAUGGAUAUGCUCUCAACUUGGCUGUUGGUGAUACAAUACGCGGCAGUAAGGUUAUGCGGGACUCACUGGACGCAUUACAUGAGAUUUCUAAGCUUGUGAAGUUCUCACCCAAACGUGACGGACAGUUUGAAGAACUGAGAAUGGAGAUGAGCCCCGACACGCCUAGAUUUAGAGUGUUGUGCCCGACACGAUGGACUGUUAGGGCGGAGUGUUUGAAAAGUGUCUUAGAUAAUUAUUCUGUUCUUCAGAAAUUGUGGGAUACCACCUAUGAGACCACAAGAGACACUGAGACCAGAGCACGCAUUGUUGGUGCGAAAAGUCAGAUGGUCGCAUUUGACUUUCUCUAUGGUGUGACACUUGGGUAUGAACUGUUAAAGCAUAGCGACAACCUAAGCAAGGCUCUUCAAUACAAAGACAUGUCAGCUUCUGAAGGUCACGAUCUUGCCCAUGUGACAGUGUCUACAUUAAGUAAACUACGCACCGAUGACGCAUAUCAUCAGUUCUGGGGAUCAAUUGACACCAAACUCGACAACGUUGAUGUGAACGAACCAACACUACCCCAGGGAUGUAAAUUGCCAAAACGUUACGAAACGGGCGACGCCGACUACGAGUAUCCGAAUUCACCAAAGGACCUAUAUCGCCAGCAGUACUUUGAGGCGUUGGACAUGGCGAUUAACUGUAUCCAAGAUCGGUUCGACCAACCAGGAUUCCGGCUAUAUACACGUCUACAGGACUCACUUCUAAAGAGCGUUGUAGAGGACCCUACCGCAGCUGACGACAUCCAGCAUGUCAUGGAAGUAUACAAGGGCGACAUCAACGAGGUAGCGUUUGGAACCCAGGUAGAUUCGCUCCGCACUCUCCUUUAG